GUCCAGUCGCUGCGAAGCUGUCGCCGGGAGCGUGCGUGUUGCCGCCCGCGGACUAGCCCGUUCCAACUUCCUCUGCAGUCGGCCAGUGUUUGUGUCUGUGCGCGCGUUGUUCCCUCCGGCCCGCCGUCUGCCAGCCCGCGCGUCCAUCUGCACCGAGAGCUGUUCACCUGGCCCCGCAGCGCGCCGCCAUGAUGGUCUCCAGGCGCCGCAUCCUGUCCCGCUCCAGGGACGACCUCAGCUCCGGCGAGCUGGGGCUGCAGGAGGAGGAGGAGGACGUCUGGUCCAGCAAGGAGAAGCUGUACAAGGACCACAUCCAGGAGGUGCUGAACAAGUGGACGCAGAUCGACGACGAGAUCUGGGCCAAGGUCAUCGUGUUCGAGAAGAACCGGCGCGUGGCCAAGGCGUACGCGCGCGCCCCGGUGCUCACCAUCAACGGCUCCGACGACGGCUUCGACGGCUACCGGAUCGGGCUGUGUGGCUUCGACAACCCGAUGAGGCAUCCCAAGACAGACGAGGUGAAGCGACACAUAGGAAACGGGGUGAAGGUGAAGAUGGACGACCAGGGCAACAUCCUGGUGAAGCGCGUGGCCAAGAGUAACGUCUUCGUGAAGAGCACCAGCGAAGGAGAGGAGACCAGCAUCGGCAUAGACAUCCUGAAGCUGCCCAACGGCGCGCUGGAGAUGGACAAGCCCGUCAAGCUGUUCGACAUGAAGAAGUUCCAGCAGAACGUGAACCGCGAGCUGCGGCGCGCCUACCCGGACCGCCGCCGCCUGGAGUGCCAGUGCCUGUGCACCGUGGUGUUCGUGAAGAGCGAGUCGGACAUCCUGGACUGCCCCGUGUGGGUGCUCAUCGUGAACGUGGUGGCGCUCGACAUGCUCAAGGCCAAGCUGCCCCCAGUGAAGCGGCAGCCGGACAUCAGCACGCGGCCACGCAUCCCCAUCCCCGACGAGGACCCGUACAGCGUGGCGGGCUACGGCGGCUCCUCGGGCUACGGCACGGGCAACGGCGGCUCGGCGCUCGGCGCGCCCAACGGCGUGUACCGCACGGGGCUGGUGGCCGCGACGCGCGAGCACCUGCUGGAGCAGCAGCAGCGGCUGCUGCAGCGGCGCAGCGACCUGCCGCCCAAGCUGCCGCCGCGCGACAUCACGUACCCGCGCGAGAUCCCGCAGCCCGACUAUGAUGACACGGACGACGAGAAGCGUUCGAAGCCAUCGACCAGCUCAAGCGAGAAGGAGCAGUCCAAGAGCAAAAAGAAAUAUGACGACCCGUACUACUGCGGGCUGCGCGCCAGGAUUCCCAACUUCGUGAAAGUGAAGACGAAGCCGAAGGACGUCAUGGGCCAUGGGUUCGGGUCGUCGGGCCACCUCCACCAUCUGCUGCCGCCCUUCCACCAGCCGGCGGUGCCGUACCCCUUCCACCCCCUGCACGCCCGCAACUGCCCCAUCAGGAUGGGAGGGACGCUCAUAAGGAACGAGCAGCACCACUGGGAGUGAACGGCCCAGGUCUGCUCCGCUGAUCGCCACUUGAGCUACCAAGGACACGACGUCGCGAGUGUUACCAACGAAGCUGCGCCAGCGCGACAGUGUGUUUGUUCCCCCCACCACCCUCGCCUCCCAGACUCUCGAACACCCAUCCUUCACUUAAGUUAUACGUACACGCAUCUCGCCCGAAGUCGGGUCGCCGCGGCCUGGCGGAGGCAUCCGGCGUUAACCUCUUUACUUGUCAAGUCUUGUAAUUUUUUAUUAUUAUUAACUGUUUCAUUGCAAUUCUUAGGGAAACAUUAAUACAAGGGGCACAGAAAUGUAAAUACAAUUAAUUGCUGUACAUAGGUACUUAGUGGCAGUAACUUAUAUAUAAAUAUAUAUCUUUGUAUGUACAGUAAAUGAAUAGAUUAUAAUGUAAAAUACUAUGUAUGCGUUGUGAUUUAUAAACACUUUGUUGUAUGUUCAUAUUAGCUCAAAGACACAAACAGUGCUAGAAGUACCAUUUUGAGGGACCAGAUAUUUUAGCAUGUAAAACAGUGCAUAAAACCUAUGUAUCAAUAACCACACAAUUUUAGUAAAGAGAUUAAAUUUAAGUUGUAAGAAAAAUUUUACUUCUUAAAUUCACAGUGCUGUAUAUAUUUUUCAGAGAAAGAACUAUAAAAAAAUAUAAUGUGUUUUGUGUAUGGUAUGAGUGUCUGUGAAUAUACAUAAAAUAAUAUUUUACCAUGUUUGUACAUUUUUUUGGCACGGUUUUGUAAAAAUAUAUGGCAUUUACAAAAAUGUACAAAUGGUUUUAUUUGACGAGUAGUCAAUACAGAUUCAUGGUUUGAACAAGAAAAGAUAACCUUUCGUUUGAAAUUUUACAUAUUCCCUGAAUCUUCCGUUGUAACACACUGAGCCGUUUUGUGCUUGGUUUUGCAAUUUGGAAAAAUCAAACUGCUGAUGUAAACAAUUAUCAUCACAGUAAUCAUAAUCAUUGCACUGUAUUAAAAGGAGGGGAAGACAGAGAGUUCUUGACUGGCUAUAUGAUAUCAACAGCUUUUGUGUUUCUAUUUGAUACAGGAAGAUAAGUGUUUAUAAGGGUAUUUUUAAAAUUUCAUAAUUCUGGUGCUUCAGUAAAAAAUUAGUGAUGGGCCGAGACUCGAAAAUUCGAGUCGAGUCGAGCGAGUAGCAUCAGCUCGGCUCGGCUCGGCAUUCGAGUUUAUUUUACUCGACGGGUCGAAACUCGAAAGGAAAUUGGAUAAAACUCGAUGAUAAAAUAUAAUAAAAUUGAAUUACAAUUCUUAAUAUCUCCUUACGUGACUUCAGCCGACACUAAAAAUACGUACGUACUUAAAAACAAUGACGACAAUCGGCCAUAUUAUUUAUAUUUUAGUUUUACAUAUUGCCAACUUAACAGGUGUGACCACAUAGCAAAGAAGACGAACACAUUUUUAAUAAACAAAACACAAAUUAAAUUUUAUAAUCUUAAUAUCGGCCCAAAUAUUACUUUUUUUUUAGUAAAUCCGUGCUACAAUCGGCGCAACGUUACAAUAAUAAAUUAACGGUAGCGUUAUAUUUGUGUUACAGAGCGCAUGUUUGCGACUGAUACGCCACCAAUCACGAAAUGGCAGUUAAAAAACAACUGUGCUCCACUAAUUUUAGGAAGUGUAGGGUGGCGAACAUGAAUUUUUUUUCAGUGUUUGUUUACACUAUUACGUUCGGCGAGAGUGCAUUUUGUAUAAUUGUUUGCUAUCCAAAUUAAGUGGCAAGUUAAAAUUAAUUAUGAAGUAUAAAGUAUUUUAUAAAGUGUAACUAUUUAAUACAAAUACAAAAGCAUGGAUUGGUUGGAAGUGCCAGCUUGCGAUUGGCCGGCAACGUAACGGCGUUAGUGUUGUAGCAAUAAUCUUUAAAUGUAUUAUAUUUGUUAUGGGAACGUUUAUUGUAAUGUUGCGUUAAUUGUAGCACGGCCUUACACUUCCCAUAAGUGAAAGUUUUCAAAAAUGUUCUAAUGAUUGUGUGAAACGUAACCUAACCUUCGCGCCAACAAGCCUAAAUUAUAUUCAUUUUUUUAUUGACUCGUGAAUGCUGCAGGCCGCAGCUAACUCGUUCGAUCCAAAAUAAGGUAAAUAUGUAGUUGAGCGGUAUUUGCGAAAAAAAAUGUUAAAAACUUAAAAUACUUUAAUUAUAUGCUCUUUAAAUUCCUCUUUUCAUUAAAGCCGGCAGAUAUAAAAUUCCAAAUACUUUAUGAGAUAUCGAAUUUUUUAAUUUUCAUAGUUGGGCGAUAUUUGUUAAAUAAAAUUUAAAAAUUCUGAAAAUACUUUAAUUAUAUGCUCUUUAAAUUCCUCUUUACAUUAAAGCCGGCAGAUAUAAGAAAUUCCAAAU